AACGCGGAACAAAUUGUAAACACAAAUGGCGGGCAAGUGUGUGUUAGCAGGCCAACCCGACAAUGAACCCAGAAGAGGAAGUGUUCGACAUGUAACGACUGAGGAGCUGUGUGCGUGCUGCUGCAGGAUACAGAGAAGAUGUUUGCUCGCCUCUCAACGCUAGCUAGAGUUAGCUUCCACUGCUUUGUACUAUUUGUCGUGGACUCAGAAACAAUCUGAACUUUUCAACUCGUUGUGUUAGUGAGAAACUUAAAACAAAUAUACAAAACUCGAAACUUGCCUUCAGUCGUCGCUUAGUGUUGAAUUUCCAGUGUGACCUCAGACCAUGGCCGUCAAUGGGAAAGUCAUCCCGCACACGCCGCUGGCCGUCGACUUCUGGCAGGUUCGGAAGUGUCCGGGUGCUCGGCUGUUUUUCUUGACCCACAUGCACAGCGACCACACGGUGGGAUUGACCUCGACGUGGAGCAACAGGCCCAUCUACUGCUCCCCCACCACCGCCACACUGCUCAGGCUGAAGCUGCAGGUAAAGGAACAGUGGAUCCAUCCAUUAGAGCUGGGGGACCCACACCUGCUGCCGCUGGAUGACAUUGGCAAGGAGAAGCUGACAGUCACCCUGAUAGAGGCCAACCACUGUCCAGGGGCGGUGAUGUUUCUCUUCGAAGGCUAUUUUGGUUCUAUACUGUACACUGGUGACUUCAGGUAUACUCCCUCAAUGCUUCGUGAGCCAUGUCUUAGGACAAACAUCACUAUUGACGUCCUGUACCUGGACAACACCAACUGUGACCCCAACCGCACGCUCCCUUCCAGGAAGCAAGCCACUCAACAAAUCAAAGAGAUCAUCCGCAGCCACCCCAGCCACAACGUUGUCAUAGGUUUGUAUGCACUGGGAAAGGAGUCCCUGCUGCUGGACCUGGCAAUGGAGUUCAAAACCUGGAUUGAGGUGAGUUUUGAGAGGAUGGAGACCCUCAAAGCUCUGGAGCUGCCUGACGUUUUCACCACUGACCGGGGUGCCGGUCGCAUCCGAGCUGUAUAUCAGUCAGAAAUCUGUUUUGCCACUUUGAACCAGUGGAACAUACAACAUCCCACUUUGGCCAUCUUGCCCACCAGCAGGCCCCUGGUCUCCUUCCACCCCGAUAUCCAUGUGGUGCCCUACUCCGACCACUCCUCUUAUCAAGAGCUGGAGGAUUUUGUCUCUGCGCUUAAACCUACUUCCCUUGUACCCAUCGUGGGAACUCGCGCACCUGGAAAUCUCUCUGCCUUACUGCCCAGCAAAAAGCGCCCUGAAAUCCUUGUGCCCGAGUCAGUCCGACAGUACAUGCUGAGACAGCCUGAGAUCCAGCUCAGAUCAUCAGCGUCUACCCGCCUUCGCAGCGGGCACCUCAGACCGGUUGCUCCCAAGGGGGUGAUAUUUGAGUCUCCUCCAAAGGGGUCCACGACGCCAUGUGAAGAAGAUGUCUGUGGACCAGAGUGUCUGGAGCAGGAGGCUUCUGAGGAGGAGAUGGACAUGGAAAGUAGUGAAAAGGACUCUGAGAGUAUCCUUAUCGACAUUAGCAAGAAAGUAACCCCUAACAAAAACAGGGGAGGAGCUGGAGACACGUGGAGCCUCAACAUCGUCCAGACAGUCUCAGAAGACAUGCUAAUGGAAGAAUCUCUGCCACUCAGUCAACAUACCCAGAGAAACCAGGCUCCAGUGGAGAUUUUUACAAACAGAAGGCCUUUUGAAACUAAUGCCAAAACAAGGAACACAGCAUCAAGUGGAAAUUACAACAGUCAACAACGGGGACACAGAAAUGUUGAGAACAACCACAAACUGUCAGACGAGGACGGCAUGAGUCAGCACAGUGGAUGUGGAAGUGAUUGGGACAGCCUGACAUUAUUGCAGAACAGCUCCAGUAACAUUUCCUGUACUUCCUGUCGUUCCUCCACUGAGCUGAAGGAGAAGUAUUUAGAGGAGUAUGAAAAGAGUGUUUUAAAGAACCUCCCCUUCAUGGAGGAGGAUUAUAAGACCUGGGGCCUCCUGCAGCACAGCUCUGUGCGGAGUUUCCCCUCUCCGCUAUAUGAUUCAUAAUGAAAUCUCAGUAAAUAAUGUGAGCUGAAGUUUUUUACCUUGUUUUCUAUGCGUGUUAACAUAAAUACUUUAAAACUGACUAUUUUCUGUCCUAUAUAUAAUUUUCCUUGUGGUGCUGCCUUUUUGUGGGUGGUCUGGAGUUAAGCUUCGGGUCUGUAAUAGAAAUUUAUAAAUUUAGAUUUACCUCUUUCUAUCCUCCCACUAGUCAUCAGUGUUUCAGUGCCUCUGUUCGUCUUCUAUAAUUUAGUUUGUGGAACACAACUCAGAAACCAUUUGGAAUUUAGUAAGGACAUGGUGAUAUAUUUGGGGCGGUUAGGGGGUUGAAUCAACUCCUGAUGACCCAUGUCAAGAGCCAUGAGUUAUGAGCAAAAAUCUGCAUUCAGUUUUAGCCUGAAAGUUUAAACGAAUUGAUCAAAUGUAUUUGCCAUAUUUCCAGUUCAGCCUUUUUAACUUACACUUUAUUAUUUUACUGCAUAUGAUGCAUACUUUAUAGUAGAAAAGAAAAACUAAAAUGUAUGAUUUUAACAGCAGUGUUCCUUACUGUAUUAGUCAGCCAAUUAUGAAAAACUAGAGUGAAACCCUGUUCAGAAAAAUCUUAAACACUUGAAUAAUUUAUUAUAUAUUUUGUCAUAUAUUCGUAAAAAUAUGUGUUCCUAUAUCGCUGAAAAUAUAGAUAGGAAAUUUAUUAAAAUAAUACUUUGUUUAUCUAAUGUUUUAAAAUAUAAUGCUGUUUGAAAUAAGGUUAAUUUAACCCUAUGAGACAAAUUGUGAUUUGUGAAUAUGGGCUAUACAAGUAAAAUUUGAUAUGGUUUGGUUGAUAUGGUUCAAGAGGUGCACAUGGUGACAGUAUUUCAUUUGGCCAAAUCACUUAAUUUCAGUUAAGAAUAUAAAAUUAUGUAUAUGUGAAUCCUUGGUUCUUUAAUUCUCUUGUAGUUUAUAUUAGAACUACAAGAGAAUAGAGAGAGAAAUAUGAAUCUUCAAAGGCCUUCAGUAUGAUUAUAGGCCAUUAUUUCAGUGAAGUGAUGCAGCUACAAAAACAAUUCAAUUAGAAUUGUAAGAAAUGAAUGGAUAUAUGUGUAAGAAAUUGCAGUAUUUCUUCUGACUUUGUUCCCUCCACAGUGUACUGUGUGUUCUAUAUUGUUUUUUGUUUUCCAUUAUUUUUUGGACAUUUUUGAUAAAAGGUGACAGCAGCCUGAAAGCUGAAGCCCCCCUAAAAUGUGCUUCAGCCCCCCAAAAUAAUUAUUGUGAUUUUUCUUUUUUUUAAAUUAAACUAUUGUUUUACACAUGGACAAGUUAUUUAUAACUCUAACAUGCUACAUGUCAUUUUAAAUUGACUUCAGUGCCAUGAACAUGUCUUCUGAUCUGAUAUGACCUCAACCAUGAAUAAAUUGAAAUAAAUGUGUAUAUAUACAGUAAA